AUGUCGCUAAAUAUGUCGUCGCUAAAGGAGUUCCACCAUCGAUCCUCUCCGGCCACACGCCAUUUAAUCGUGACCGUUGGCUGCUAUAGUGAUCCACCGAUCGCCGACUCUGGUGGUGAUCCAGACAUCAUUGACUGGAUCACAAUAUUUGAGAAGGUGUUGGGUACACGAAGGAGGCAUGAUGUUGAUGUGAAUGUUUUUCUUCAAAACCCGACAUUUGUGACGACCAUUAGAGAUAUUAUUCGCUCGUUUAAAAACCAAGUCAACGAGGAAAACAACAUUGGGGAAGACGAAGACACAUGA